AUGCAUACUAGACCUAGCAGCCUAGAGCUCUCCAAUGCUCCUAAGGAAGGCGUUACUGCUGUGGAAGGAGAAAUUCGUGAUUGGGUUGUUGUGACGACACCAAUGCUCCAUUAUUUUGUGGCUGCCAAAAACAGUGGACUGACACCAUCUAAAGAAAACUAUUAUAGAAAGCUUCUUAACAAACUUAGAGCUCUUAGAAGCAAGAAUUCUUCCAGUGGCAACUAUGUACCUGAAAUUUUGUUUGAGGGUGCAAAUGGCGUUGGGGAAUUGGUUAUCCCACUACUAGAUGGACUCCUAACAAUCAAACCAUACAAUAACGGCGAAGGCAAGCUGAAUUAUCAUUGUGUAGCAGAGUUUGUGAAGGUAGAGCAGCAACAACCAGUAAGUAUCCCAGAAGUCAGAUGGGCUCGAUGUGUUGCAGUAGAUGGGGAUACAGAUCGGAUUGUCUAUUUCUUUACUGAUGGCAAUAAUAAAUUUUACCUGCUUGAUGGUGACAGAAUAGCAACAUUGGUGGCUGGUUACUUAAUGGAUCUCGGUCGAGAAAGUGGUUUAAGCUUGCGAUUAGAUGUGCAGACUGCUUAUGCUAAUGGAAAAUCAACAAAAUACUUCGGCCGGCCUCUGCAUGUCCCAGUAGUGUGUGUACCAACUGGUGUCAAACAUCUGCAUCACAAGACACAAGAAUCUGAUAUUGGUGCAUAUUUUGAAGCAAAUGGUCAUGGAACUGUGCUGUUUGGACAGAAAGCUGUUGAGCUUAUAAUAAAAGCUGCUGCAGAUUCUAAUAAUAAUGCUGGACAGCAACUCCUUGUAAGCAUGAAAAUAAUCAAUCGAGCAACUGGAGAUGCACUAUCUGACCUUCCGCUAGUAGAGGCUGUGCUAAGUGCUCGCAGAUGGUCUGUUAUGGACUGGGCUGCAGCCUGUACAGAUUUGCCUAACUGGCAACUCAGGAUCACUGUCAAGGAUCGUAAUUUAAUUAAGACUGUUGAUGCUGAGCGGGAAUGUGUAUCACCUUUGGGUCUUCAAGACAGAGUGGAUCAGCUUGUAUCUCAGUACCCCAGUGGAAGGGCUUUCGUUCGGCCUUCUGGCUCAGCGGAUGUUGUCCGUGUUUAUGUUGAGGCUGAUACUAGAGAAAAUUGUGAUAAACUGGCUCAGAAAGUAACUGAAGCUGUUUUAGAGUUCACAGUUUGA